ACGCCAAGGAGGACACAGUCUUCAACUUUAUUUCGGCCUCUAAGAAGGUUUGACAGACGCUAUGGGAUAUCAUAUAACUCUUUGUGUUUUUUGGUCAAUUCCGGUUUUGUAGUCUGAUAAAUCCGUUUUUUACCCCAUUUAUUUGAACUUUGCUUGUUUUAUUUUGGGGUAUUUUGAUUUCGUUUGAACGUGACAAAUAAGUUCAGCAUCACACAGAAACUCUCCAAACAUCUGCAGUCAACCAAAACCCGAGGAACACAAAAUCAUCAACCAAAAACGGUUUUGGUGGGGGCUGUCUGAAACCACUGGAGAAGACUGAAGAGAGAGGAGGGAAGGGGGAUUAUAAGCCAUCAAUAACAUGCCAUAAAUCUGUGAACCCCUGACAUAAAUAGCAGUGAUGGAUGGAGAAGCCCAAAGGGUGACUGCGUCCUGGGAGAAUGGCACUCUGGCUCCGGUGGACCGCCUUCGCUCAGAGAGGGCAGAAAGUCCCACACCAGGUCUGGUGGAGGGUACUGAACCAGGUGCCGGUCAGAAGAGUGCUAUGUUCGUCCAUGCACAGUCUUUCGAGGAUCUGACCGCUGAGGCUGAGGAAGAGGUUCAGAGAGAUGCCGAACUGGACCAACCAGGUGACUGUUCAGAGGAGCUCAAGGUGCUGGUGGGAGAGAAAACCAUAGAGGAGCAGCACAACAAUGACAUCACAUUAGAAAGCAGGACUAAAGAGGAAGACGUGUCCAGUGAGGCGUGGAGGAGCCACAAAAAACACGUGUUUGUGCUGAGUGAGGCUGGAAAGCCAAUCUACACUCGCUACGGCACGGAGGAGGCUCUGUCCAGCACCAUGGGGGUGAUGAUGGCUCUUGUAUCCUUCGUUGAGGCCGAGAAGAACAUCAUUCGUUCCAUACAUGCAGAUGGCUGUAAAGUGGUUUUCCUCACCAAGAGCCCUCUGGUGCUGGUGGGUGUGUCCCGAACCUGUCAGACAGACAAGGAGCUGCUGCGGGAGCUGCAGUACAUCUACUAUCAGAUCGUCAGCCUGCUCACCCUCACCCAGCUCAACCACAUCUUCCAGCACAAGCAGAACUACGACCUCCGCCGCCUGCUGGCCGGCUCCGAGUACCUCACCGACAACCUGCUGCAUCGACUGGACCGAGACCCUGGCCUGCUCCUCAGCGCCGUCACCUGCCUGCCUCUGGCCAGCUCCGCCAGGGACGUUGUCUCAUCGAGCCUGCAGGCCGCCAAAUCCAAGAGCCUGGUGUUCUCCAUCCUGCUUGCGGGCGACCGCCUUGUUACUCUGGUGAGGAAAAAGGACCAGUUCCUGCACCACAUAGACUUGCACCUGGUCUUCAACCUCGUCGGCUCCUCCUCGUCCUUUCGAGAGGGUGAAGGCUGGACGCCAAUCUGUCUGCCAAAGUUCAACACUGCUGGAUUUUUCCACGCUCACAUUUCUUACCUGGAGCACGCGUCCGAGCUCUGCCUCAUCCUGGUCUCAACCGACCGAGAGGACUUUUUUAACAUGUCCGACUGCAAGCAGCGGUUCAUGGAGAGGCUGAGCAAGCGCAGUGCCUACCAGGCCCUGAAGGAGGCGCUAAAAUGUCCCAGCUACUCUGUGGAGCAGGUCGGCAUCCCGGAGCUCAGGCACUUCCUGUACAAAUCAAAGAGCUCAGGGCUGUACACCAGUCCAGAGUUUCCGGAGGUGUACCAGUCUGAUGAAGAGCAGGAAAGGCUGAUGGGAUUGUAUCAGGACCUCCACAGCCACUUGCAUCAUCCAACCAGACCUCUCCGCUCCUUCUACCGCUGCAGUGAAACUGAAAACAUGCUGGCAUGGGUGACAAGUGGCUUCGAGCUCUACCUCUGCUUCAGCCCACUCGGGACCAAGGCUUUGGCUGUGUCUGCUGUCAACAAACUGCUGAAGUGGAUCAGGAAGGAGGAGGAUCGCCUCUUCAUCCUGAGUCCUCUCACAUACUGAGCCCUCGCUGCCGGCUCACCUGAAACAAGAAGCGUCGCCCUGAACCUCGAUUGGCCCGGUGCUAACGACAUCUGCAGAUGACGCAGUUCAGUGUUCACGGAUGAUUGUCAGAGCUACGCUUUUCCCCCCCCCUUGCUUCUGGGUUCCUCCUCCUCACAAAUUUGUGAUGAUGUAGAUUGUGCUCUGAAGGUACGUUACAGCUGUAUUUUAUCUGGCUAGAUUUUUAUACAUUUGGAUAACAACAACAACAGAUGGAAGCAGCAUCAGCCCCAUCAAUGACAGAAUAACAGCAUGACCGGCGGGGUUUUUACGCAGCUAAAGUUGUUUCAUAAAUGAUUAUUUUACUCUUAUAGACCUAUAAUGCCUCUUAGAAUAUGAAAAAUGCUGUUUUCGUUUUAUAGAUGCUCAGUUCUUAAAAAUCAAGAAUAAAAUCCGAAAAUUUAAAAAAACUGGAAUUUUCCGAGGACUUGCAGUAGAAUGUAUUCUCAUGUUAGCAUACUGUCAAAAUAUGGGUUAACCACAUUCCUGUUGUGUUUUAUCUUUACAUGAUGACCAAUAACUGUAAGAACCAUUGUCAUUUUGACCUCUAUGCACUUUGUUUAUGCAAAACGCACUCCAAGAGAAAUGUGAUCAUGAGUCUGUUUACUGCUGUCAUUUGUUUGUGUUUACAUGUAUUGUUCAUUUCAGUCUUAAUUUCAGUCCAUUAAUCUUCCAGUGUCCAUGAAAAAUUUCUUUUUUUUGCCAUAAUACUAAUUAAAAAAAAGUAUUGUAUGAGAUUUUACCUGCUUGUGUCUAAUCAUAAAGGUUCAGUGUGUUUCAUGGGAUUCUGCUUCAGGAAUCCAGCGUUGCCACAUUUGCCUCCACUAAUCAUGCCUUAACUAAUGGUCAUUGUACAAAGCCAAAAUGGCUGCGGCACAAUUCCAUAAUUAUUAAAUAUAAGUAAAUAAAAUGCUUGUAAAAAAAGGGA